UGACACGGAUUUUGACAGCGUCAUUUGUAAUUCGUGGUAAACGUUUGGGAAUUUUGUGCCAUCGUCUACAAAGAGUGAUUCAGUUGUUAUUUUCGUAUUUUAUUAUUUAAAUAAUUUAUAUAUUGGGUAAAGCUUAGUAGUUACUAUAGAUAAGACAAUUAACAAUGGUAAACAUCUACUGACGUGAAUAUUUCAAUAAAUUUAUUCGUUUAAAUGAAGUAGGUACCUCGUAGUGUAAAAACUCUGUACAAAGCGGAUUCUCUUCCCCAUCUGAGAGUGCAUCCGUCUGCGAGAUCGCGGCCGCGAUCGUCUGGCUAGCCAUUGCUACUUUCUCUCGCUGAUGCCUCGACGUCGAUUACUCAAUACGUUGUGCAAACUCUUGCGGGUUCGACUCGAUGUUCUAACGGUAGUCUACAGGCCGCGAGAGCAAAUGUCGGUCGUGUGACUGCGCCAAUAACUGUCGUUUGACUGUGUUCGGGUUGUGAUGUGCUAUAGUUUGUUGUGAUGGUGGAACGGGAUGGUAUGCGUCGGGGCAGCGGUGGCGGCUGCGGCUGGGGCGGCGGACUGCUAGGCCGCUGGUCCAUCCGACGAUUGCUGUUGGAUAGCCCCCUCGUCGGCAGAAGAUUCGCCCACUCAGUUCUCGACCAGGGGCAAGACAGUCGACAAGUGAAGUUGAGCUCUGUUGAGCAAGCGCAGACCAGGCAGCAGACCGCAGUGGAAUUUAUUAACGAGGACGAAGAGGGCGAAGUCCUAGAAUGUCCGCUAUGCCUCUCAAUGAUGAACGCGGGCGGCACCGUGAGGCUGGCGUGGUGCAGCCACCGGUGCUGCGAGCCCUGUCUCCGGCAGUACCUCGCCAUAGAGAUCUACGAGGCCAGGGUGCCUGUCAAUUGUCCAGUGUGCCACGAGAACAUGCACCCGCUAGAUGUACGGCGAAUCGUGGACAACCCAAUCUUGUAUGAUAAAUACGAGGAGUUCUCAGUGCGACGCGCGCUGGCAGCUGACCCGGACACAAGGUGGUGCCCUGCCCCAGACUGUAGUUUCGCAGUGGUGGCGACGGGAUGCGCGUCGUGUCCAAAACUGACUUGUUUAGCGCCCGGCUGCGGGGCGUCAUUCUGCUACCACUGCAAGGCCGCCUGGCACCCCACGCAGACCUGCGACGCGGCGCGACGAAGCAGACAGCCGCCGCCCAGGACGCCGCAACCUUCGCACUCUGACAUAGACCAUGGUGACGUGAAGCCAUGCCCCCGAUGCUCAGUGCUCAUAGUGAAGGUGGAAGACGGCUCGUGUAACCAUAUGGUGUGUUGUGUGUGCGGCGCAGAGUUCUGCUGGCUAUGCAUGAAGGAGGUCUCCGAUUUACAUUAUCUCAGUCCCAGCGGCUGCACAUUCUGGGGCAAGAAGCCGUGGUCGCGCAAGAAGAAGCUGCUGUGGCAGCUGGGCACGCUGGCGGGCGCGCCGCUGGGCAUCGCCGUGGUGGCGGGCGUGGCGCUGCCCGCGCUGCUGGUGGGGCUGCCGCUGUGGGCCGGCCGCCGCGCGCACCGCCGCCUGCGCCGCGCGCGCCCCGCCAAGCGCCGCGCCGCCGUCGCUGCUGCCACGGCCGCCGCGCUGAUCGUAUCUCCACUCGUGGCCGGUCUCGCGGUCGGCAUCGGAGUCCCGAUCCUGCUAUUCUACGUGUACGGCGUGGUGCCGGUGUCGCUGUGCCGCGCGGGGGGCUGCGGGGGCGCUCCGCCCUCCGCGCCGCACUUCGACGACGACAGGGAGCACGCCAACGAUGCUGACGCGGCUUCGAGGAGGCUCGAGCCCAGUAUAGGUGACGCGUCCCUAUCAGCCGGGUCAGCGCAGGCGGUGGGCCGCGCGGCGUCGCUGGCGGCGCUCGCGGGCUCCCUCGGCGGCCACGAGGCGCCCUCGCCGGCCGCCACGCGCCUGGAGGUGACCGCGGACGUGGCCCACAGCGACAACACCAGCGCCGCCAGCUGGCCCGACGACGCGCCCUCCACCUCCUCCCGCAGCGCGCGGCUCCGCAGCCUCUUCUUCUACGGGUCCGCCGCGCCGCCGCCCGACCUCGAGGCGGGCACGUCCGCGCCGCCCGCCUGCGGACCCCGCACUGACGUGGCCACCUGUGAAACCGAGGACGGCUCGUAACGAAUGCGACGACGAAUUCGAAAAUGGAAUACGCCGCCCGUGCCGUCUCGCGGUUGGCCGUUGGACGCAGAGGAGCAUAGAACCAAAUAAAGUUGGUUUCGAUCUUCUUCGCGCAAAGUUAGUUAUGACGUGGAAAUAACGAUGUCCGAUUCGCAAAAUUGACAAUAUGGAAGCGCUUGUUGAUUUGUAAAAUGUUGUUAAAAACGACCCAUUAUUACUCACUGCCCUUACUUAAUGAAAAUGACAUCAAAAUUGGUAAAAUGAUACUCGUUUUCCGUCUGUUACUGUACGCCCGUCCCAUAGGAUGGAUAGUGUUAAAUUCGCGAGAUCCUAUUUUUGUUGAAUCUGACAUUGUACGCCUAAACCGUGUCGCGUUGUUUGUGCCAACCUGUCGCUUGAACUCGACGGCAGCUCUAGAUAGAUGCUUCUCGCUUUCAGAGCUACUCUAUCCGAUAUUUGUGAUACUUUGAAUAAUAACUACUAUUAAUGAUCUAAAUUAUUUAAUUUUUCACGUUUGUAGGCAAAAGUAAUCUUAAGCGAUAAUUAAUGUUACGUGAAUCAUAUAAAGUGUAAACUAUGAUUAAAAUGUG